GGUGGCUACAGCUACUGAGACUGGUAGAAAAACAAUGCCAGCAGCAAAUAAAUGCCCAGCAAGAGCAGUUCCACCAUCAAAUCCAGUAAUCAGCAGUUCCUGAUCUGAAUUACCAAGAGGAAAGGCUACCUCUGGAAGAGCUGAGGGUGUGGUGUCAGCAGGACUCACUGCAGGGCUUGCCACACUAAACACAAAAUCAACAGCUGCAAAUGAGUUGUGUGAAUGCAUUAAAUCAAAUAGAUGGAGCUAUUCCAAACUUACACUGGUGUGCCAGUGGCAUAGUGAGAACACUGAAACACAGGCAGCUCAACACAUGCUAGUGAGAGUAAUAAAAGGGCACAAUAAUAAUAAUAAUAAUAAUCUACUUUUUGUGGUAGAAAAACAAGGUGCUGCAUCAGCACUGACAUGACUCUGAGAAAAGGUUUGCUCCAUGCUGGGUUCCAAGACCAAGUGUGCUUAUAAAAAUCUCCAUGUGAGAAUAGGGAUGAAAAGACCUUGAGUUCCUUUUUGGAAUCAGUGGGGUCAGCCCUUGCCUUGUGUGAUCUGUACCAUGAAAGGUGACUGUGCCAGGGACAAGUUGUCACCAGCUAUGGAUCAUCCCAAGAUCAGACUUUAUCAAAGAGAUUUUAAAAACAAAAUUACAAUCCCAAAAGUGUAGAAAGCACAUCUUAUUUUUUCCCAUUUUUUAAAUUUGUAACUAAAUGCAAUUUAAUUGGAGUAGGAGCCUUUCACUUUUCCUGCACAGGGUAUUAAUGGCAAAGAUUAAAUGUCAGCAGUGAAUCUGAUCUUUCCCCCACUCCAGUUCUGUUCUUUCCCUUCUGUUCUCCCUUCCCUACCUUCCUGACAGUUGGAUCACAGAAUUAAAAUACAAAUGAUUGCUGCAGUCAUGAUUGAAAUCAUUAGCAGAACACAAAACUUUGUAGUGGAAGGAAACUUCAUCCCAAGUGUUUUGUUUGUUAUUUUUGGCAGAGAAAGGCUGAACUGAAAUUCAAUUGUUUGUUCUAUUGCAAGUUAAUCAGAAUUAUUUCUUACUUUGAGAGAAUAAAUCAUUUUUGUUCAAUUUGUGCUCUCCAGUUGCUAUUCACAUGUGAGUAAUGUACUGUAAUUCUGUGAAAAAACAUGAGUUCCAUGUUCUUAAAAUUAUUGCAAGUUUUUUUUCUUCUUUCUUUCCUGAGGGAAUUAGUUUGAAAAAUAUUCUUGAAAACAACUCUGUGCUGUGUCUUGUCACGAGCAGGAGUUGUGUGCUGCUGCAGUUCAGUAAUCUCACUUGAACUCUUCAGAAGUGCUGGCCACAGGCACAAAUGUGAGAUCUUUUCACAGCCCUUGGCAAAAGCAUUAAUUAUUUCUCAGAGCUGUUUCAGUAUUGCCAGUGCACAACUGUAAAACUUAGAACUUAAAAAAAUUGCUUAGCUAAUGUACUGAAAUAAGUCCUGUCAGUGUAAGUGACUGUUAAAUCUUGUGGGCCAGUUAUGGGGUUGCUCCACUCCACCAGCCACCAAAACAAUCAAAAGAUAGAACUUUGUACCAUGUGAACCUAAUAAUAUCUAAAUUGGGUUUUUUAAAGUCCAGUUUCAUGCAAUAAUCUUGCAGAGGUACAUUAUUCCUAUUCUCAUAACAGAGUAAUGGUUAAUACUUCCAUUAAAGCAUCCUUGCAAUCUUUAAACAUGUAUAUCCAAGUGAAACAGUGUUUCAGACUGAAAUUUAGCCAAACACUUGCAUAGUUUGUAUUUCUUUAGCUGGUCGGUGUGUAACUGUAGUUCUGAGGGCAAUUAGUGGAUACAUUCAUGCAUGUUUUUUACAUGAAUAAAUGACAGCUGGGACUCGUAAUUCACUGCAUGGAAUUCAGGAUUGUUCCCAUGGACAUUUUACUGUUAUGCACAGUAUGUAUUUAUCUACUUUAUGCAUGAGAUGUCUGCACAUGAAAACUGGGAGUUUACAGAAUAAAUACUCUAAUAACACCAAGCUUGGGGUAGGGAUGUGAUUUCUGGCAGGAUCUCAUGGGAAUUGUGCCUUUCCCUCCGUGCAGCUGAUUCAGGAUGAGAUUAAGCAGCUGGUGAGGUUGCAGAGCAGCAGGAGCCGGGCUUUGCUCACCUUCCCCUCCCUGCCCAGCCCCAUGGGGAUGCACUCAGAGGCGUUUGAGGAGCAGGACAGCCUGGUGAGCCAGCUGAGAGCCAGCGAAGGGGAAGCACAGCCUGACACCUCGGAGGGGCAGCAGGAAUGUGCGGGCAGCGAGGGCUCCAUGAACAGCGGCUACGGCUCCCUGUCCACGGCCGAGCUGAGCCCUGCCCAGCCCGGCUGCACCGAGCAGCGCCCCCGCCCAGCAGGGCUGCACGGGGAUCCACACAGCUCCCAAAAUAAAACAGAACUUUCAGCAAAAAUAACAGAGGAAAAUCGUGCUUUGGGAAGGAGUGAUUUAGUUUUCCCCGCUGGGUUUGAACAUAAAGCUGAUGAAGAUCAACGUGGGAAAAAACCCAGUAAAUCUUUGACAUCAUGGGCACAAAAGUUGAAACAAACCCAACCAAAAAGAGUAACUGCAGAUGAAGUAUUUGUCAACUCUAUGCAAGAAAAUGAGAGAAUGAAGACAUUGCCACUUGAGAAUACAAACCUUACUGAUGCUGCUUUGCCACCAUACACUUUUUACCUCAACCAACCCAAGGAAAGUCCAAAUUCCAUAGUGUCAGAAGCUUCAGGACUUUCAUACUGGAAGUUAGAUGAAAAGGAGAUGUAUCACACUUUACCAGAGAAUUUCAGAAGUGAUUUGCCUGAUGUUUUCUCCACAAAAGUAUCACCAGUUCAGUUGUCUUCUGCUGAUGAAAUGAAGUUGUCAUCACUGAAGGAUAUUUAUCAUAAAAGACAAAGGGAAAACAAGCAGAUGCCAGACCAGAGUUUUAUGCCUCCUUCCCAGCCCAGUCACCCACCAGAGAUCCUGACGUUGGACCCAACCCUGCAUAUGAAACCAGGCCAGCAGAACCAGAACUGUUUUUUCAAUUCUUCUGAAGACUCUACUCCCUUUUCUCCAGACUCUAUGGCAGAGCCUGGAUUUCCAAGUCAUUGUGACACAGACUCUUUUUCACAGACAAGUCAUUCAUCUCAGUUAGAUGAUUCUCCAACACAGCCUGCCAGCAGCAGAGCUGUGCACUUGGACCUGUGGAGAAAUCACCCACUCCAGAGUGAAAACAGGGCCAGCUCUCCCUUCCCAGGGGCAUACAGGGAUGCUAACAGUGAUCAUUCAGUCAACACUGAGGAGGAAGAGACACUGACUCUAACUCCAUCUUCUGUUACUCAGUGUGCUGACAACAGUUUGCCAGAUUACAGCCUUUCAGUGGCAUCUGUUGAAGAUCCUGUGGUAAUGUCAAAGAUUAGGCAGAACCUGAGGGAAAAACACGCUCGACACAUUGCUGACCUACGAGCUUACUAUGACUCUGAGAUCCAGAGCUUAAAACAGCAGCUGGAGUCAAGCCAUAGAACUGCUGCAUCUCAGGACCUGAAGAAAAUCAAUCAAAGCCUUGCUGACAGGUGUGAGCAGUUGGAUGCAGCUCUGAAUGAAGCAAGUGCUCGCAUAAAAGCCCUUGAAAAUAAGAAUAAUCUGCUAGAAAAGCAAGUGGCAGAUUGGAGAGAUCGUUUCUACUCCGUCAGUGACAAUUCCAAAGCGCUGCAGGAGCGGCUGGAGGAAAUGCGCACAAGCCACAAGGAGAAGGACAACACCAUCAGCCGCCUGAGAUCCAGGCUCAGGGAGCUGGAGGAGGCUUGUGAGAAGUUGUCUUACAAGUUAACUGACAAUACAAACACAAGGCUCCAGGAAGAAAACAAAAUGUUUCAAAAUCUUUUAGGGGAAUACGAGUCCCUUGGAAAAGAACAUGAAAGAGUCAAGGAUACAUUAAAUACAACUGAAAACAAAUUGCUUGAUGCAAACACAGAGAUUUCUGAUUUGAAAAGGACAAUUUUAAAACUUGAAGCUCAGCUCAAGCAGGUGGAACAUGAAAAUGCUCUGAAACUUCGCCAUAUAAGUGAAAAUCGUUUAAGAACCUCUUGUGCCAACAAGUUGGGAACUCCUGAUGUCAGCAGGAGAAAGUGGUUGAUACCAGGAGCUGAAUAUUCCAUUUUCACUGGGCAGCCUUUGGAGGGCCAAGAAAGCCCCAAAGACAACAGGCUGGAAGAAACCUAUAUUCCUUCUAGGCACAAUUCUCCUCCUGAGAAAGACUCCUCCCAGGAAGAUUCUUCAACAAACACAACAGAAAAGAAAGAAAAUGAGAUGUCAGAAGCACCAAUUAUAAAAGCCUUUAGAGAACUUGAAGAAGGAAAAAUAUUUAAAGAUUGGGGUACACAGACAGAAAAAGAAGAUGCACCAGCUAAACCAUCAACUCGACGUCAGACUGUUGGGUUUGUUGAAACUUCUUUGGUUGCAAACAGAUCUCCAGAGAAAGGAAGAGACCAGCACAGACCCAAACGGUUCAGCUCCCCCUCUGGCCAGAGGUCAUCGUCCCUUCCUCCUGCUAACAGGAAAUCCAACACUCCCACAAGAAGAGAGAUCAUGCUGGCACCAGUGUCUGUGACAUACAGCCCAAAACGAUCUCCAAAAGAAAACCUCUCUCCAGGAUUUAGCCAUUUGCUCAGCAGAAAUGAAAACACAGUGACAAGAUUUGAUAUACUUCUAGAUGACCUGGAAACUGGUGCUACUUCUACUUUACAGCACAAUAAUCCAAGGAAAAGGCUCCAGUUUCACUCACUAGAUGAUGUAGAAGGAAGGCAGCAUUCAGGUGUCAGACACAGCUCCUGCACUGAAUCUGUCAGUAAUGGAAUGAAGAAAGCAGCAGCUUGGGAGGAGAGGAGCCAGAGAUACGAGGCAGAGCCAUCAGCUUGUGAGGAGGACUUCAAGUACACAGCAAGGAUUACAACUCUGGCUGAAACAGAGAGGCUUUUUGAUGAGCUGACUCACGAAAAGCAACAGAUUGAGGCUGCACUGAGCCGAAUCCCUUGUUCUGGUGGAAGAAUGACCUUGCAAGCCAGACUAAAUCAGGAAGCCCUGGAAGAUCGUUUGGAAAGAAUUAAUAGAGAUUUGGGGUUAAUAAGAAUGACUCUGAAAAGAUUUCAUGUUUUGAGAACCUCUGCAAAUCUCUGACAGUUCUCUUGACUGCAAAUAUACUUUUUUUUUUUUUGCACUAAUAUAUAAGGAUGCACUCAGUAAAUGCAAAGCAUUUUGUAUUUUUAUAAACCCUGAAAAGUAAUUUUGCAACCAUGUUACCCUUUACAAACAGCAAUAUUUUGUACUUCAAACAGCCACCUCUAUUUUAAACGUAUUUUUGUUACACCUGAGAAAUCAAUGUUUAUCCUGUAUUGUAAUAUUUUUAGAAAUAUUAAUUAUUUUUAAAUAGUGAUAUUCAAUUUAUAAUAAGAAAUUAAAAGGCAGCUUGUUUUCAGAAAAAAUGGUAGUGUUACCCUUUUGCACUUGGUUUUCCUCCACCAUUUUAUAAAUAUUUAUGGUGUGAUGUAAAUAUUAGCCAAGAGGAGAUUUUGGACUUUAAUACAAAAAGGAACAUGAGUUACUUGUGUUGAAGAGAACCUCUGUUCUGUGGUAAAUCCUUUUAAUUUAAACCUUUAACAUGGGUGUUUCUGAUUGUGACAGAACUGUGAGCAAUACUUGCACUGUGGCUGGCUGGGGCAGGAAAAUCCCUCUGUGAUUUAUCUGAUGUCUCCCAGCAGUCACAGUGAGGGGUUUUUGAUACUGUGAGUACCAGGAUUCACCUGAACAACUCCACUCCAGGACUGGAACUCCUUUCCUGAAGUUACUGGUUCCAUGUGCCAGACUGGGUUUCAUGCCAGUGUUCUGUUUGUGUACAUUUCAUGUAUUUGUGAACAUAAACAAUUGUUUUUCUCGGUGAAAAAAACCACAUAUUUGCCAGUUGUCAUAUUGUUGCUGUCCAACAUUGAUAUUUUGGUUUGUAUUUUAAUAUUAAAUAAAUGUUUAAUUAGA